AUGACAUGGAAUUCCACGGAGGAUUUAUUCCAUCUCUCUGAUGAGCUCGAUCCUGCUUGUGCGUUUUCUAGAGCUCGUGGUUUGGCGCUUAAUCUCACUGAGCGUUGUCCGCAGUGGCUGGCAAAAUCCCUUGUGACUGAGUUGCCGCAGCCGAAAGAGUUGCACGUUUUAUUGGACGAGCGUCGAAUGCCUUCAUUUAGAGAAAUGUGGUGGUGGAUCAAAAUCAUGUUUGCUGGAAGAGCUGCGCUGCGUGUGAUUUGUUUGUUGCCGCGUCCUGUAUUGGCAUUGGAACCACCAUGGAAACCGUUUGGCGACGAUGGCGUGCUUACACCGUAG